UGUUGUUUAACGUCCCUCUUGAGAAUUGUUCACUCAUAUGGAGACCAUACCACUUGCCGGUGGAGGGCUGCAAAUUUUGACCUUUACUCAGGCCCAUAGAGCAGGGAGAUAUCUUUUUCGUGCCAGCACCUAUUAUGAUGCGGUUCCUCGGUUUAAGCCAAAAAAAUAAUGCAUUGAAUAUAAAAUAUGGAAACUGGGAUUCAUUAUCAGCGCAUCAAAAAUGACUGAAAUACUUUCUUUAAAUGAAUUACAAGUAUAACUUCUUUUUUUAAACGACAAUUCCUCGCUUAGUAAAUAAUCUUAUGUUUGUUAUGGAUACUUUAAAAGAGAAUAAGGAUGCCGAUUUAUGUUGAAUUGCUAUCGUCAGCCAUUGGUUUGAUUUUAUGCAUCGUUGCCACGGCCCUACCUGGAUUCAUAAUUGAAGAGGUUAGCCAAUUGAGCAUUUUUUACGCCAGGGAUUGUGAUCGCCAGGAAACUGACAAAUGCUCGACAAGUUCUUACGUAGCUUUAGAUGAGAAAUAUAAGUUCAAUGGGGCGCUUCAGCUCUCAAUGAUAGAUGUGCAGAUAGAGAGUCUCCUUGCUGUCGCGGCCGGUGGAGUUGGAUGGUCGAUUCUUUUUUGGAAUAAUACCAAGAGAAAAGCGUCGAUUCCAUCGACGUUUGUGAUUGGGGGAAUUUUACUACUUGUGGCAGUUACAUCUGAGUUCGCUGUCUUGGUUCGAUUCAUCGCCACGAACGCUUCCAAAAAAGCGACACAUGGGAAAGAAUUUUCUUUUGGAGUUCCGUACUCAUUAAUACUUGUCGGCUUUGGUAUUGUAUUCAUGCUUGUUGCUGUUAUAAGGAAUUUUUACCUCAAUAUCAGACAUGAAGAUACCACGAUGACUAAUCAACGGACGGAAGAUGAACCGAGGAGUAAUAUCACUGAAAACAAAAUCUAAAGCUAAAAGACAUCAUCUUUAAAAUAUGUUGAGAAUUAAAUUUUAUUUUGUAAGAAUAUGAUAAAUUUGUAAUUUUUCCUUUAUGAUCAAUUAGACUUAAUUAUAAAAAGUAGUAGUAUUUAAAUUAUUUCAAAACAUAAAAUGUCUGUACAAACAAAUAUUUAGUAUUUUUUAAGAAAACAAUAUUGUACAGGACGACAGAGUAUUUUUGUAUCAUUACGAGCUUGUAAAUAAAAUAUUACAAAUAUGAACAACAGAAGUUUAUGAGUAUUAAAUAAAUGCUCUUUUCCUCUGUCUUUGAAGUAAGUAAUAGCAAAUUUGCAACAAACAUCAAAGUAGCAUCUCAUUUUGCUUUCAUGUUGAUUUUGGCACAUAUUGAGAAUGCUUUAGCUUUGACAUUUACUUAACAAAAUGUGAUGACUUUACAACAGGUUUUGUUUUAAAUUUGAUUCAUAUUUAAAAUAAUUGAAAAAAAAAACAAAUGAUAGCUAUGUGUAAAAGAUGUGACUUAAAGAAUUCCC